AUGAAUCUGUUACAGGUUGCACGACCAUUCAAGAAUAAGAAUUACUCUGCCCCUAAGAAAGCAAGGAGCUUGAAGCAGCUACUUGCACAAGAAAAGCAGCCUGAUUUUGACGUAGAUCUUCCAACAUAUCAGAAUAUUGAAAGCCCCCCAUCCAUACGGCCAGCGAAGAAGUACUGUGAUAUCACCGGCCUAGACGCAAAAUACACUGACCCAAAGACUGGAUUACGGUAUCAUAAUGCAGAAGUGUAUCAGUUCAUAAAGGGCCUGGGAGUUUCCAGUGUGCAGGCAUAUCUGGGAAGUCGAAAUGCCGCCGUGGUUCUCAAAUGA